AUGGACAUGUCCAUUGAUUACGAUCAACGCAGUUUAUUCGAGGACGCACUCAAAAAAGCUGAAGCUACCUACGCCAAAAACCCUCUCGAUGCCGAGAACUUGACUAGAUGGGGAGGAGUGCUGCUGGAGUUAUCUCAGUAUCAGGAGGGUCCAAAAUGCAAAGAUAUGGUUAAACUCGCUAUUGAUAAGCUGGAGGAGGCAGUUACGGUCAACCCUAAAAACGCUAAUGCUCUAUGGUGCCUUGGAAAUGCAUACACAUCGAAUGCAUUCCUGAUCCAAGAUUUUGAUGAGGCUAAGGACUACUUUGAUAAGGCAACCCAAUACCUUGAGCAAGCAUCCGAACUGGAGCCACAAAAUGACCUUUAUAGGAGAUCUGUGCAAAUGUCUUCCAAGGCUCCUGAGUUACAUGUGGAGAUCCACAAGCAUGGUUUGGGUCAGCAGGCUUUGGGUCCAGAACCUUCAUUAUCUACUGGAACUAAGCCGCAGAGCUCAAAGAAGAGCAGAAACAGUGAUCUCAAAUAUGACAUUUUUGGAUGGGUAAUCUUAGCUGUUGGCAUCUUUGCAUGGGUAGGAUUUGCAAAGUCGAACGUUCCUCCACCUCCUCCUAGAUAA